GAAUAAUGCCUCUGAAUAAGUCCAGGGAACUGAUGGCGUCUUUCCGAUUGGGUGUGUGUCAAAAUUUCUAACGAAAUUCAUGACUUAAGGGCGUUAUUCUCUUUCAACACAAUGUGGGGACCUGAGAGCCAUCCGUAAGCAGCACAGAAUAUGAACAAGCACUUCUUUACCAACUGUGGGCAGUGAACACUACAAAAGAAUGCAUUUACCAAGUGUAUGCCACAAAAACUACAAAAAGAGCCUUGUUGCCAGCUAUAACCAGUGAAACUACAAAAAGAGCCUUGUUGCCAGCCUGUACUGUACUGUAUACUCCACAACAAGAGUCAUGGCAUCAUCAUGGGAGAGCUUUAUCGCUGCCUCCACUUCAAGUGCUCCGGCUCACACCACACCCAGUGCUGCAGCGUCACCAGGAGGAGGACCUGCAACAAUACCAGCAGCUCCCUCGCCCCAACAGAGUUACUCUCCAACAGAUAAUCAACAGCAUCAGUCACCCCAGCCCUCUCUUCCACACUACCAAUAUCAACAACAACCCCACCCUAGUCAGCCUCCUUACCAGGGAAUCAGGGUCACCAUACCUUCUCAGGGAGGCAUUAGUGGUCCCACAACUCCAACACUCCAGACACCAGUAAGUGGCCCUCCACCGGGUGGUGCUCCUGUGCAUGAAACAGACCUGCCCCAUGAGAUGCUGGUGGCUGGCUGGCGUAAGUUUUGGAGCAAACGUGAACAAAGAAUAUAUUUUUGGAACCGUGCCACUGGGGAGUCUCUGUGGGACAUGCCUGUAGGACAGUCUACUCACGGCUCACAGCCUCCUGGGCCACAUGUGCCGCCCCCACAACAGCAGCAGUAUGAUCCAAUAAGUGAUCCUCUUGGGAUUCAGAAUCCCACCAAUGGCAGCAGCGCGAGUGCCAACAAUAACCAAAGAUCUGAAUGUAUAACUCUGAAUACAAAGGCUCCAGCUAUUUCUUCUGCUGAGAGUUUUCCACCACACACACGAGGCACUAAGAGCAGUACCAGCAGCACAACUAACAAUAGCACCAGCAGCCUCCCUGGCAGCAGCAGCCUCCCUGGUAGCAGCAGCACUCCACUCUCCCCACCAGCUCCACCAGUCAUUUCAGGAGUCAAAAGGAGAGCGUCAGAGGAGGCAUCUGGAGCGCCUGUUGCCAAAAAGUUUGUGCUAGCAGGUCCUUGGGACUUGGAGAUACCCACCAAUGUGAUCAUGUUUGAGCGUCCACCCAUCACACUGCCACAGCCACAUCCUAGUGUAGAGGUCUUGCGGGGACAACUUGUUGCAAAAUUGCGCCUCGGUUACCAAGAAAUGUGUCAGGCCCGAGAAGGCAUUGAUGCACCACGGGAUUCAUUCAGCAGAUGGUUAAUGGAGCGAAAGGUUGUGGAUCAUGGUUGGGACCCACUUCUGCCCAGCCAGUGUUUCCCAGAGGUGAGCCAGUCCAUGUAUCGUGAAAUCAUGAAUGACAUCCCUAUCAAGCUGCAGCGACCCAAGUUUACAGGUGAAGCUAGAAAGCAGCUAUCCAAGUAUGCUGAAGCAGCUAAGAGAAUGAUAGAAACCAGUCGAAAUGCCAGCCAAGAGAGUCGCAAAAUAGUUAAAUGGAAUGUUGAGGACACCUUCCAGUGGCUACGGAGAACUGUUGGUGCCACUUUUGAUGAUUAUAUGGACAGAUUAGCUCACCUUAAGCGGCAAUGCCAACCUCAUCUCACGGAGGCUGCAAAGCAAAGUGUGGAGGGCAUCUGUACCAAGAUAUAUAACCUUUCCGUCGAACACGCUAAAAAAAUUAGAGAAAAACAUCUUCAAAUUCUGGAGGAAAAUAAUAUUAGGGAAGUUGGAGUGCCUGCAGUGAGUGGACUACGGAAAGUUUGGUGUUAUCCGGUGCAAUUUACAACCCCGAGUCCGCGGCCGCCGCCCAUUGACUUUAUGCAAGACAAGGAUACCACUAGUUUACGAUAUAAUGGAGAGGCGCUCAGAAUUAAUACACCGUACUUCCACAAAUUAGAGCAACUUUACCGUUACAAUUGUUUUGAUGACCGAAAGUUUGAGUUGUUCCUGCCAAGAGUAUGGUGUUUACUGAAGCGCUAUCAAACACUCCUAGGGACCAACCUUAAUGAGGGCCAUGGGACGCAAGGUGGGCUGCCAGUGACAGUGCUAGAGUGCCUACAUAAACAUUUCAGUGUAACGUUUGAGUGCUUUGGGUCUCCCCUCAAUUGUUACUUUAGACAAUACUGCUCAGCGUUCCCUGACACAGACUCCUACUUUGGCUCCAGAGGACCAAUUUUAGAUUUCAAGCCUGUGUGUGGAUCUUUUGAAGCAAAUCCCCCAUUUUGUGAGGAACUUAUGGAGGCAACAGUGAGGCAUUUUGAGAAGCUGUUGUCCGAGUCUCACGAGCCACUGUCUUUCAUUGUAUUUGUCCCCGAGUGGAGAGAACCUGCCCCUUCAGCACUUCUUCAUUUAGAAGCAUCCAGAUUCAACAGAAAACAAAUCGUUCUCCUGCCCUUUGAGCACGAAUAUCGACAUGGCUUCCAACAUUUUAUGUCAAAGUCAGAAGUUGUUCUGAAGAGUGGGCAUGGAACAGUUGCUGUUUGGCUUCAGAACGAUGCUGGCUUUUCACGCUGGGGUCCCACUCCAGACAAAGUUGAUGCCUUGUUGGAGGCAUUCAGGCCCGGCCGUGAGCGCGACCGUGACCGGCAAGAGAUGCUUUCUCCUCCGCGUAGAGAUUCGAGUGCAGAAGCUCCACCUCCUUAUGUUGACGUGAAGGCUGCUCCUCUCCUGGCCGGAGGAUCACCGUUGGCACCACCCACUGCCCCCUCUGCCGUCGUCCCAUCGGCUAUCCUGAGCACCUCCCCGUCUUCUGCCGUGCCACCCACUGCUCCGACCAGCCCGGCCACCACUACCGCCAUAUAGAACUCACAAGUUUGGGUUAUAAGCUUAUUUUUAUCUUUGGAAAACUGUACCUGUGUAAUAUUGCUAUUAUGCAAGGAUUAUAAAGCAAUGUACAGUUUUGCUUAGAAAUGCAAAUUUUGUUUAUUUUUAAGAAUUCCACUCGGUGUUCUACAUGUGUUAGCAUUAUAAAGUGUACUUGAAAGUGUUCACGGAUUGGAAUAAUCUCAGACGAAAAUCCUGUGAUGGGGGGGGGGCAGUCCUUGUGUCCUGGUAAUUUGAAUUUAGUAGGUACAAUAACACUGUUUUAAUUUUAUCUGUGACUAUAUAUCUAUGCUUAUAGAUAUCUCUCUUUAUGUAAAUGUGUGUAUGUAUGCAUUCAUCAACUAUCUUUCUUUGUAUAUCUCUGAAUUUGUAUUUCUGUCUUAAUAUUUUUAUCCUAUCAGUUUGUUGUAGAUAAGACUGUUUUGUUAUAAAUAUUUAUACUACUCUGUUAAAUUGAUACUUGAAUUUUUAUUGGUAAAUUUAGGAUAUUUUACAAGUCUUGGUCUAACAUGUGUUUUUAUAUAAAAUUGUUAUAACACCUCUUUACUGUAUAUGAUACUGAAAUGAGUUUUUAAUAGCAUGGACCCAGAUAUAUUUAUAGUGUUUUAACAUAUCAUUCUCAAACUGUAGGUGAGAUGUUGUAUCUCAUUGGUAGGCCAUUGUCAAAAACCUGCCAAAAUUCCUUAUUACCAGGUAACAGAGGAAGUGUGGCUGGCAAAAUGAAUUUAAAAUAUUAAGAAGGAAAAAGAAAGCAGGACACAGUGGGUUAGGCCAAGGGGAGAGCAAAGGCAAGUUGCUGGGCUGUUUGCCAUAUGCAAUUUUUUAUAUUUUUAUUUAUAUGUUUUUAUUUUUUUCCAAUCUGCUUGGUAUUGUAUAAAAGUUUCCAGAGUUUUAUAAUAUGUAGCCUUUGUGUCGUUAUUUUCACCUGUGUGCACACUCCUGUGUAAAGCUUCUGGUAAUUUUAUAAUCUGGAAAUGUAAAUUGAUAUAUUGUUUAUAUAUGUUUGAUAUGUAUUUUUCUUUACAUACUUUUUAUUUUAAACCUGGCAUUAAGGUACGUAACUGUACUCGUUAAUAAAUAUACAUCAGUAUAUGUUUAGUUUUGAGCACAAGUUGUGUUGUGUACAUAAAACACGGUCACCUUCUGUCUCCUUAAAAUUAUGCACUAUACUGUAAAUAGUUUGUGAAAUUC